CUAAAUGUCACACCCAACUGGAGGUCUGAGCACUCUUUAGGAAAAUUAAGUGUGCCAGAGCGACUAGCGGUGUGUCACCCGGUCCACCCUUAGAUGAUGCCACCGUCAUUGUUCAUUUGUAUGCCUUCCAGUGAAGAUCUGGGAUUUUGCAACACAUCAGAAUGCCUGCAGAGAGGCGGUCAAUAAGAGGCAGAUCUGCAGUAGGUCGCUUUCCAUCUGUCACUCUUGGAUUUGGGGAGGACACAGAGGAAGAAAAAGAAGAGCCAAAGGAAAACAAUGUUAAAAAAAGAAAUGCAUGCCAGGAGUGGCUGCGUAAGGUCUGCCCAUGCUGCUGUCCCAAGCAUGAUGAUGUCACAGACACUGAGGUCACAGGGGUUGAUGAGCCCAGUAAGGAGGACGGGGGAAACGGCGAGAAACCUGUGCCUGGUGACAAAGAGCUUGACGAAGUCCUUCUCAAAGUGAAGUCAAUAGACCUCCUGAAAAGCAAAUCAGGGGCAAAUCGCACAGAGCAUCACACUCAUCUCUACCAAAGUGAUAAUUUAAUCAUCCGCAGGGGGCAGAGUUUCGAGAUGUGGAUAACCUUAUCUCGACCUUUCAACCCCACCUCCGAUGAGCUUCAUCUCGACCUUAAAACAGGUCCACUGGCAGUAGUGGCAAAGGGAACUCAUGUAAUCAUCCCACUGGUGGCGAAGCUGGAGGGUGAUCGCUGGGAGGCUACUGUUGUGAAACAGGAGGACAAAAAGAUAAAACUGUUGGUGAAUUCUCCACCCACAGCUGUCAUUGGCCGAUAUCAACUCACAGUGGAAACAAAUAAUCAAAAUGGCUCAGCCAGUUCCACACAUGACCCUGCCAAUGACAUCUACAUAUUAUUUAACCCCUGGUGUCAAGAUGACAUUGUGUACAUGGAUUCUGAAGAUGAAAGGCAAGAGUACAUCCUAAAUGACACUGGACGAAUCUACUAUGGCACAAAGGAUCAAAUUGGAGCAAGGACAUGGAACUACGGACAGUUUAAUGACGGGAUUCUGGCUGUCUGCCUCUUUGUCAUGGAAAAGAGUGGAACUUCUCCAUCUGGUUGGGGCGACCCAAUUAAUGUGGUGCGAAUCAUCUCAGCAAUGGUAAACUCCCCUGAUGACCAAGGUGUUUUGGAGGGAAACUGGUCAGGAGAUUAUUCAAAUGGAACUUCUCCAACAGUGUGGAGUGGAAGUGUAGAAAUCCUCAAGGAAUACCACAAAAAGAAUGGAACACCUGUUAAAUAUGGCCAGUGCUGGGUCUUUGCUGGUGUAGUCACUACAGUUUUACGGUGUUUAGGCGUUCCCACCCGAACUGUGACCAACUUCAGCUCAGCACAUGACACAGAUGUUUCAUUGACAACAGAUGUGUACCUGGACGAGAACCUGGAGCCUAUAGAGUACCUCAAUGUAGACUCAAUCUGGAACUUCCAUGUGUGGAAUGACUGCUGGAUGGCUCGUGAGGACUUACCUCCUGGCAACGGAGGAUGGCAGGCUGUCGACGCCACGCCUCAAGAGACCAGCCAGGGCACCUAUUGCUGUGGCCCUGCUUCUCUCGCCGCUGUGCGCUAUGGUCAGGUCUUCCUGAAACAUGACACUUCUUUUGUGUUUGCUGAGGUGAACAGUGAUAAAAUAUACUGGCAGAAGAAUGCAGAUGGGACCUUCAGUCAAAUAUACAGUGAGAAAAAGAUUGUGGGCGUCUCCAUCAGCACCAAAGCAGUUGGCUCUGAUGAACGCAGUGAUAUCACCCACCUUUACAAACAUCCUGAAGGCUCAGAUGAGGAACGCAUUGCUGUGGAAACAGCAUGUAGCUAUGGCUCCAAAGCAAAAGCUUAUUCAUCUCCUACAGCAGAGGAUGUCUCUUUAGAAGUUACACUAGAUGGUGAAGGUCCUAAAAUGGGAAAAGAUGCAGAGCUGAUGAUCACGUUGAAAAACAGCAGUUCACAGCAACGCAGUGUCAGUCUGCACAGCCAGGUGUCAGUCAUGUAUUACACCGGUGUCCACAAAGCUACAGUCAGAACUGACACGACAGAUAUAGAAGUACUUCCCAAUGAGGAAAAGAUUCUGGAGUGGACCCUGGAAUACAAAGAUUACAAGGACAAACUGAUGGAUCAGGCUGCCCUGAUGCUAACGGUAUCAGGCAGGGUCAAAGAAACACAGCAGAUCCUUGCUACUCAGUUCAGUUUCCGACUCAGAACACCAGACCUCAUCAUAAAGCCACUGGGGAAGGCUGUGGUAGGAGAGAAGAUGUCAGUAGAGAUUUCAUUUACUAAUCCACUGCCACAAGUGCUGAAAGCAGUGGUAUUCCACGUGGAAGGACUUGGCCUUCUGACUGCUCGAAAGAUAAAUUAUGGAGAUAUUGGCAGCCAUGCUUCUGUGUCUCUCACUGAGCAGUUCAUCCCCACCCUUUCUGGAACGAGAAAAUUACUAGCUUCACUGGACUGUAAGCAGCUCACGCAGGUUCAUGGUGUGAGUGACAUCACUGUGGAGGAGAAAAGCAACGCCUCUCUAUAGUGAUUAGAAAAUAGAGCCACUUUGAGACUGAAUGCUGACAGUUAUUUCCUCUAUAUAGGCACUGAUUGUGUCUUUUUUUCUGCUUUUUGCCUUCUAUGUGAUAAGCCAGUAUUUAUUUUCACAAAACACAGUGCUGAUUUAUUUUUGCAGUAGAGUAUUGAAAUUACUUAUAACCACAUAACCAUAACCAUAAAAUAUUUGAUAACAUGGUAGCAUUUAUGGGCUGUUACAGAGAAUAGACUGUUUCUACAAUAUGAAAACCAGUAUUAAACUGCAUAAAAAUUUCUUUACAUCUUAAUGUGCAAACUCUUGCAACAUGCUUCUGCAAUAUAGUGAACAAAGCAGCAUCCAUAAAACCUCUUUGGAACAUGUUUGCUCUUGCAAAGGUGUCCCUGAGGAACCAGAAUAAAGUAAGUAAAGUAAGUAAGUAAAAUUUAUUUAUAUAGCACUUUUUAAGACAAAAAGCUGUUACAAAGUGCUUCACAUGGGAAUGAAGGCAUGUCAAACAAACAAUAUAGCAGUAUAGAAGCAUAUCAAACAAAGCAAUAGUACAGUAUAAAUAUAGAAUAAAACAACAUAUUUCACACGAACAUUACCCAAAUGCCUGUCUAAAGUUUUUAUCAUGACUUUGUAUGACAUCUUAUGUAAGCAUUGUAAAUGUCAUCAUUAUGCUCUGACACCCGAUCAAGCACUAUAGCUAGCACUGACAUGUAUUGAUGUAUUGAACUAAACUGACAAUUACUCACAUUUCCUGAUUUUGUAUGCUUCUAGACUUGCAAAAAAAAAAAGAAAAAAGUAUUGAACAUUAUUCUAAACCAACCAGUGCAAUAGAGACAUAAUCGACACACCACAUAGGCACCUCAUGUUUUCUUGGAAUAUGCAAGAAAGUAUGUGGUUACUAUGAUUAGGAAACAGUCUGGGGACCCACAGUAGAUGCUGAAGUUGGACCAUCUGCCGACUUUAAUGGAAGAGAUGUGCUUAUGUAAAUACUGGCUUAAUAUUUAUGUCUUUGAUUCUAUUUUCAUAUAUAUGAAUUAUUUAUUUUUUAUUUUGUUUAUUAUGUAAUGCCAAAAGAACCAUUUAAAUAUCAAAUCAUGGCUUAAAUGCUAUUGUAUUAAUAAAAUGCCACUUAUUAAAAUUAUG